AUGGCAGCUAAGCCCCAAUUGCAAAGUGGUGAAGGCUCUUCCCAUUGGAAAUCUUCUACUGCUAAAAUUGCUCAACCAAAGUUCUUCAAGAUUAUAUUAUCCCGACGUGAAUGCAGCCAUCUAAGGAUUCCGGAAGACUUUGCGAGCAGAUAUUGCAAGAACAUGCUAAACCCUGUGUAUCUUGAGGUUCCCACUGGAGAAGUAUGGGAGGUUGAAGUGGUUCAUUCUCAAGGCCAAAUUUGUCUAGGCACUGGAUGGCAAGAUUUCAGCGAUUUCUAUUCAAUAAGCUGCGGCCACUUUUUGAUGUUUGGAUACAAUGCUCGUUCUCAUUUUAAUGUCACUAUAUUUGAUUUGAGUGCAUCAGAAACUGAAUAUCUAUACAGUUCUGCACAUGGUAUACACACUCCCAUGUUCCAUUGCCAUGAAACACGCCAUGUACCAAAAAGAGACCAGUCCGAGUCGGAUGAUUCUGUAGAGAUCCUGGAGGAUAUUCCCAGAAGCCAGAAAGCGAAAGCAAUAAUUCCUGAUACGGUUGAGCAUUCUGUUGACCUAGGCCAUUGUCCGUUAGGACAGUCCAGCAAAAGAAAAAGACAAGAAGGGGAUGCGGAGCAUGAUGUUUCAGUUGACGUGCAUGUCAGAAGAAUGAAGGUUGAGAAGUUGCAAGAGGAUGUAGCUUCACCUUCUUUCACAAGAGAGGGCCAAAGGGAGGCAUUCGUGCUGGACAACAAGUUAAAAUUUGGUGAUGUUUAUAUUUUUGAAGUUAUUAAGGGCACCAUGCUCGUCAUAGAUGUUACCAAAUUUCCAGCAGCUGGGGAGCACACCAGUAACAUGGGGAAGGCACUGAGAUUGAGAAUUCUGUUGAGAUCUUGGACCAUUGUCCAUCAGUACAUGGCAGCAAAAGAAAAGGACUAG